AUAAUAUAGCUAAAUAGCAUACGGGUAGCAGUCUAAUGAAGACCUGUAGAGUUUUCCCAAUGAGUAACGGUCACAGCACUCUUUGCUCCAGAUUUUGUACUUGCAAGCUCUCGUUCGUGACCAGGUGGGCCCAGACAAUCGGUCAUGAGAGUAACCGAGGGUCGCAGAGUCCAGUGCCAAAUCAGAUGAACAACACGCACACAUUCCCACCUGCCAACAGAAUAUCCAGUCUGGUGGGGUCCAACAGCGGCAACGUGGACAACAGGCUCGAAACCAGGGCCAUACUUUCCUUUAUACUCCUCAAAGAAUUAGGUUCGGAGUUUGAGGGUUCAGAUAAGUUAGUUGUAAUGGCAAACAGCGCCCCUCCUUGCACCCACCAAAUCUAUUCAGAAAUCCUCAAGAUCCCAUCAGAACAGAGGAAAGGUAUAAAGAAUCUGACAGAUCAGGUAUCAUUGGAUCCCAGAUCUUAUCAACAUGACAUCACUAAGGUAUUCAAAGAAUUUGUAUCCCACACACCCCAAUGCGAGGCAGGUAAACCAACGUUUGGCAUGUUGCUGUGUCUAAUCGUGUACCUGAUCGAGCUGUGUAGACGGUUUUUGGAUAACGACAGAGGUUACGAGAUUCCCUCAAUUCACAACACAGCUACCCGGCUUAUGCUGGACGCUGAGCACCAGUUGUCACCAGCCAAUUGGACUGAAUAUCUUGAGAAUCAUCCGCCCAGAGAAAGGAGUGACCGACCACCGUUAGAAAGAAGACCUUCCGCGGCAGCCAAUGCUGCUGCAAUGAUUUUUCAUAUGGUGGAAGCCUAUUCUAAAUAUACAAAAUGAAGAUAAACGAAAUCAGUAAAUUAACAGUUCAACAUGAUCUUGUUUAAGAACGAAGCUCCACAGACAAAGACUUCAAUUCAGACGACGCAAGGAAGAUAAAUGAAACUUACGAAAACGAUUGACAAUUUUUAACCAAAAUGAACCAUUUUGUUCCUUGAUCCGACCGACUGUCAAAAUUUUGUUGGGAUCAAUGGACAAGAGUUGAGAGACGUUAAAUUAUUAGUUUACUGUAAAUAUGGCCUAACAUAUUUUGUUUUUCUUAAAUAUAGGCACGCAUUUUGUAUUUCUUAUUACCACCCGACUCUUUUAAUGUCACUUGGUUGAAAGUUUAAUAAAUUCCCUUGUCACACUAUUUUUGAGUUUUACCCAAGUGGCUCUUUUCGAGCACAGCCACUGCUAAACAGUUGUUUAUUUAAUUUGUUUAUCUUGGUGUGUUCUUGUUUUACCUGUCACGAGUUUAGUUUGGGGCCCGAUUAAACGGGACACACACCUCCACGAUAAACUAGUCACUAGAAUAUAAGUUUUUGGAACCUAGUAUAUGAUAAUAAUGUUACACACACUGUUUAUUUUGGACUAAAUUAGUCUACAAACGAGAUCAUGAUAAAUCUAGUAUGAAAUUAUCUACGAUUUGCAGCACACGAGCAAGUGUAUCAUCUGACACAACCUCCUCAUAAAGUGCUGGGGUUCUUCCUUAUAUAUUUCAAGAUUCCUUAAAUUGCAGACCUCGCCCUCUGAGGCUUGAGAACUGAAAUAUAAAUUGGCAUUCCUGGCUCUGAAUUUGAAGUAACAUUUUCUUUACCUAUCCCAGAACCCCACCAAAGACGCAACACUUGUACAGAUGUGCUGAAAUUAGGAGAAAACUGUUGUUAGAAUGCUUGGUUAUAAUGGUUACAUGUUAUAUAAUAUGAAUUUGUUGAUAUAAUAUAAUGCCCAUUUAUGGAUAAAUAUUAUUUGGAACCCCUGAUGUUACUGCACAGUCCUGAUACAUCUGAUCCUGCAACUUCUCCUAAAUUGUACACCUUCUAACUGUACUCCUAAUAUCUAUGAGAAGGAUUUUAACUACGUACUUUCUAGAGUUGCUGGACUAGAUCAGUGAUGUGCGGUCCCUUGAAAUAUUUGUUUCCCCUCUAUGUAUGUUAGGCUGAGGAACUGUUUUUUAGGAAACUCGAACGAGAUGAAGAGAGUGUAGUCUAAUUUGUUCUAGAUGUUAUCUUGGUGCAGCUAUCUAUAUCCUUUUUUUUUCUUUUCAGCUUUUUGGAGAAAAUUUCUGGGCUGAGAUAACACGAUCUUUCUUAGAUUUAGCUGAAGAAUUUAUCUCAAACUGUCCGCUGAGAGAAAGGUUGAUUUGUUAAAAUAUAAUCUCCGGGCUCAAAAAAAGUCAUUUUAUGUAGAUCACGUGACUUAUAAAACUUUUACAGAUCAGAUGCACGGUUUUAAUCAUAGGUUAAGUUUGUAUUUAAUUAAAUGUCGAAAAUGAUUUGGUAUCAUAGCGAGACACAAAUCAAAACGUCACAAAUUUUGUUUUCUACAUAAUAUUAUGUUGUUACAUUGUUUUGAAAUGUUCAGUCAGUUGACAGUGACACAGGUGAAAUUUCGUGGAGCCAAUUUUAGUUUUUUAGCCAGUUUUUAGACGAAAGUGGAAGAUUUUAAGUCGCGCACGAAUGACUCGUCCAUCUUUUCGCUGAUUAUUGGGUUCACUUGUUGAAGUGAGGGCAUAUGAACGAAAAAUAAAGAAGUCUAACUUAAAGUAGUAGGUUAUUUGUAACACAAAAUGUAUUGUUUUGUUUUAGCGAAGUUAUCCGUGCAGAUUGGAGUAAGUGUAGGACGAUGAAUGUAAAAGAGAAAACGCAGGAAGUGCAACCUUCUUACCUUUUCCAGCGACAUGUACGAUCAAUCGAUAAGUUGAUUGACUUUGUAGUUAGUGCAUGUAGGGUUCAUUUUAAAAAGAAGGUUGUACUUAAAUAGAAGUCCGUGUUUUUAGUGGAACACUAGAAUGGAUAGGAUAAUUUGACGUGAGACUUGUGGAAAGAGAUAACACUUGAAUUUGUGUUAAGAUCCUUCUUUAUUGGACAUGUCCCUUUGUGGGCAUGCCCAAAUAUAGACAUAAUGUGCUGAUUCGCAUUUCGCAGUGCUCUUUACUGAGGAAUUGAACUAGUCAUUAAAGGGGAUAAAGUUCUUUCUUUCGUGACCGUUACUUUUUGUUCAAUUCCUCGGGGUAUCAACUGGCACUUCUCAUACUUUUCUUGAAUCGCCUGUAUUUUGGGUCUUGGGAGAAUAAUGAUAUGGUUUGACGUCACACCACGCGAUUUUUUGUCACAUCACGUGUUAUUUUGUAACGCCACGUGCUAUGACGUCACGUGCUAUGACGUCACGUAUUUAAGGGUGUCUUAACAAGAGAAUAGCAUGUCUCACGUGUUUUGUAGCCAAAUUGCGAUGUUAUUACAGAAUAAAAGAUUAUUAUUAGUAAUUAUUGGGGAGCGUGCUUUUCACUCCCCGAAUGUUUCAAA